AUGGCAGCUCCAUCAUACAAGUUCCAAGGAUGGUUGGGACUCGACAAGAAUGCUGUCGAAGGAAAGAUGGAAUGGCAAGAGUAUGAGCCAAAGACCUGGACAGAGGAUGAUGUUGAUAUUAAGAUCUCUCAUUGUGGUAUCUGUGGCUCGGAUUUGCACACUCUCCGCUCAGGCUGGGGUCAAUCGAUAUACCCAUGCUGCGUUGGACAUGAGAUUGCUGGAACCGCCGUCAAGGUUGGAAAGAACGUUAAGCACAUCAAGGUCGGAGACCGCGUAGGUGUCGGAGCCCAGUCCGGGUCUUGCUUGGAUUGUGAGGAGUGCAGUGCUGGUCUUGAGCAACAUUGUACCUCCAUGGUUGGAACAUACAAUGGAAAGUACUCGGAUGGAUCAAAGUCCUAUGGAGGUUACGCGGAUUACUGCCGUGCGCCAGCUCAUUUUGCUGUCAAGAUCCCCGACGAGUUGUCUUUGGCAGAAGCUGCUCCUAUGCUUUGCGGUGGUGUUACAGUAUACAACCCUUUGGUGCACAACGGUGCCGGACCAGAUAAACGUGUUGGAAUCGUGGGUGUUGGCGGUCUCGGACAUUUCGGUAUCUUGUGGGCUAAGGCUCUUGGUUGCAAAGAAGUAGUUGCUAUCUCGAGAACCAACAACAAGAAAGAGGAUGCGAUGAAGAUGGGUGCCACCAAGUACAUUGCUACUGAGGACGAGGGAUGGGCAACGAAGAACGCAAGAUCUUUGGACCUCAUCGUUUCCACCGUCUCUAGCCCAAACAUGCCUCUCCAGCAGUACUUCCAACUCUUGCGAACACAAGGACAGUUCAUCCAGGUCGGUGCUCCAGAGGACAAGAUUCCAGCUUUCAGCGCCUUUGCUUUGAUCGCUAAGGGAUGUAAGAUGGGAGGAUCUGCCAUCGGAUCUCCAGCUGAUAUCGCUGCCAUGUUGAAAUUUGCUGUUGAUAAGAAGGUCCAUCCAAUCAUUCAAGAACGACCUCUGAAGGAUGCGAACAACGCAAUUGUUGACAUGGAGAAUGGAAAGGCCAGAUACAGAUACGUAUUGGUUAAUGAGAAGCACGCCAGCGAGCUCAAGGCUUAG